UGUAACACGUACCCAGUGCGUGAAGGAGUGUGUUCGAAAUUAAUGUCCCGGUACUAGUCAAGCGAAAUAAUUCACUAUUCUGUGUGAUGUAUCCUCGACUACUCCAAGGUGAUCUAAUGAGAUCGACACUCGACAUUAAUAUGAAACAUCGACGUUAACGCCCGACACAUCACACAUUCCAUAUCACAAGUGGCGUGGCCCAGUUUUAUUUUUUAAGCGUCUGUCGGUACAGUCAUGGACAGGUCAGGAAAGUCACCAAACUGGAUGCUGCUUCAUCCAGUGUAUGUCAAGAUGAUGAACCUUGAAGUGGAAGACAAUGAACAAGUCCAUGCUGCUUUCCUUGUUUACAUGGAUCUCACUGAGGUGCGUCAUUGGAAAGAAGUGUCCUGUGUUAAAAGUGACGAACUCAAGCUGGUUUUGUUGGAGGCGAAAGAGAAGGAAGGAUCGGCCAGCCACUCAGUUCUGCCGCUGCCUGUGCACCGGUCUCUGAGCCACAACGAUAUCCGACAGGUUUUGGAGAGAGGUUUUCCUAUGCUGCUUUGUGCUGUGGCCUCGGACUCCACGCUGGUCUACCAGAGGUUGACCGACGGUUUGGUGACCCCUGACCCACCAGCAGGCCCCUUCCAGGAUGUGGGACGCCGGCAACACAGGAAGAAACGACAGCAUCAGUCGACGUCCGGCGGGAAGCAGAAAUGAUGGUGCAUUUGUUUGGCCGCAUUGCAAUUUUCUGCGUUGGCCUACUAGGAUGCUGAAGGAGCCUCAGAUUCUGACUCUGUUAGCUGGUAAUGCUAAGUCUACUUGAUCAGAGGUCCCAGGAUUCAAAAUGUUUCUCGCAAUACAAAAACAUUCAGAUUAGACCUUUAUAUGUGCGAUUGCGUGGCAAUCGGUCAUAGAUAAGAAUAUCUUGACUGGGCAUAGAAGUAUUGACCGGAUCUUCCUUGCGAAAGUUCCUCAAAAUGCCUCUUUCUACAGGUCACUUCAUAGAGUUCAUAUGGAUUUAGGUCUGGCCUCUGGCUGGGCCAUUCAAAAGCAAGAAGUCCAGGCAUGCAAAGUUGUUUGAGCAAUUAUACCGUCGCCUUGAUAUCCAGCUUCAGGUCCAUGUACAAUUACA